AUGUCUACCAAUGUCCAAGAUUCAGCAAUGAUGAUAUGCUAUCGUGAAUGCUUAACAAAUUUAGGCAAAUUUAAUGGCGGGGAGGAUCACAAAAUUUUACAAUUUAUUAAUAAUAUUGAACGAAUUGGACGAAUGAUCGAUGCGAAUGAUGGUAUUUUACAGUGCAUGUGUACGGCGAAAUUAGAUGGCGAGGCAAAGCGUUGGUACGAGAAUAACAUGUCAUUAACUCAAUGGGAUAGUUUGAAAUCGGCAUUGUUAGAAAGAUUCACAACAUCGAGGUCAUCAUCUAAAAUCUUUGAACAAUUAAAGGAACGCAAACAGAAACCUGAUGAAACAAUCACCUCAUAUUAUGAUACUAUCAUUACAUUAUGUCAGGAAUAUGACUCAUCCAUGUCACAAAAAAUGAUGAUUUCAUGGUUAGAAAAUGGAAUUAAAGAUUCGUUAAAGAUUCAAAUAAAACGACAGAUGAAAUUAUUACCUGAAGCAACACGAACCACACAAGCAUUUUUAAAAAUUGCAAAAGAUGAACAAGAAUUACAGAAGGAGAACCCUCCAGAAUCUGAACCAACACCAACAUAUAUGCCAUACUUUGCCAACACCGUAUCAACAACAUUGCAACAAACACAAAAAACACUUGAAGAAGAACCACCAUCUACAUACUCGCCACCACGUUUCGCCACAUACGGACAAAAUAAACACUAUGGAUCAUCAUCUAAAUUCUUAAAACCAUUAAUGUCUGCAUCGCACAACCAAGCCUCAAGUUCUCAAUCACGACCAAUUUCACGUCCACAACGAUCAUCUCAAACAUUUAUGAAUAAUUUACAACAUAAUCAGCAGCAAAAUUAUAAAUCGUUUCAUCCACAAACCGAAUGGAUGUUACAAAUGUGGACAAUUCGAUCAUCAAAUAUACGAUUGUCCGCAGGUUUUCUAUUAACUGGAACCCGUGAUGGUGGUGAUUCCAGUAAUAAAGUACAAUACCCAUCAACAACAAAUUAUACAUCAUUAACACCGUCCACUCCUAUUUAUAUAAAUGUCCAAGUUAAUAACAAACAACAUCAUGCUAUUCUCGAUACAGGAUCUGCAGUUACCAUUAUUAGUCAACAAUUAUUAAAAAGGAUUCACCACAAGAAAUUCAUAAACAAACACAAAUUACACAAGUCAGCCAACUGCACAUCUAUUGACAUUAUCGGCGAAAUCCAGUUGGAAAUUAAAAUACACAAUUAUAAAACAUUUAUUACCGCCGAUGUUGCAGCAAAUCUCGUAACUGACCUACUAUUAGGCAAUGACUGGAUUAAAAACAACAACAUUAUCAUCAACACACCCCAACAACAUAUUAUUAUUGUUGAUGAAUAUCAACAGAUAAUAACAUCAACACCAUUCGUCGAACCACCUGAUCUUAAAUUACACAUUCUCUUAAUUGAUGAAAUCACCCUUCCACCUUACUCAGAAAAGUGCAUUGAUGCAAAAAUUUCAUCACCCAUCAAGAAUAAUGCUGAUGUUAUGUUUGAACCCACACCCAAUUUACAUUCGAAACAAAUUUUACUGGCAAAUGCAUUACUCAAGGUAAAAAAUAAUAAAGCGAAAAUUAUGAUCAUUAACGCCAAUGAUCACCAGCGAACAUUAUCAAGAAAUACUCAAUUGGGUACGAUUUCAUGUAAACCUGAGUCAAGUAAUUAUCUUGUCUUACCGACAUUACCAAAUAACUCAAACACAAGAUUACCGUGUUCACCUAAGCUACGACCAUCAUCAAUCCACGAGAGGAACAACAACACUCUAGUUGGUUGGGCCUGCGCUCAGAAAUCUCCGGAAAAAAGGAAGGUUCGAAAUACGGACUUUGCCUGUUACAUAGAGCACAAAAAUACAUCAAAUUGUCAAUGUUAUAUUUGUCAAGAACAAUUUUUAUCACGAAAUGAUUUACAACAACACCUACGUCAAAAGUGCUAUCCACCAGAAAUACGUGAACAAAUUGAAAAGUUAACCGAACAUAUUGAAGAUGUAAAACAACGUCAAAAAUUACAACAUAUUUUAUGGAAACACGGGAAAUUAUUCGAUCUUAGACAAUCUUCAGUAAUUAAAGCAACAAUUUACCAUGCUAUUGAAACUGGUGAUCAUCCACCUGUCUAUACAUCACCAUAUCGAGUCUCCUAUAAAGAUGAACAAAUACAACGAGAAGAAAUAAAUAAACUAUUAAAACAAGGUGUAAUUGAAGAAUCUACAUCUCCUUGGUCAUCACCCAUCGUCCUGGUUCGAAAGAAGGACGGAUCCGUACGAUUUUGUAUCGACUUUCGAAAACUUAACAAUAUAACGACAAAAGAUGCAUUUCCCAUACCUCGAAUCGAUGAUAUUUUUGAUCACUUAUCUCAAGCCGAAUAUUAUACUACGAUCGAUUUCAAAUCCGGUUAUUUUCAAGUCGGACUUGAUCCCAAAGAUCGCCCAAAGACAGCAUUUUCUACAAGAGAUCAACACUUUCAAUUUACCGUAUUACCUCAAGGUGUUACUAAUGGUCCACCUGCAUUUCAACGCAUAGUUAGCAAAAUACUUGGACCAACACGAUGGCAAUAUUCAUUAGCAUACCUUGAUGAUGUUAUUAUAUAUUCAUCAACCUUUGAUCAACAUUUAACUCAUCUUGAUGAUAUUCUCAAUCGCCUAAAUGAUGCCAAUUUUCGUCUCAAUAUUGACAAAUGUCAUAUAGCUAAAACGUCGAUCGAUUAUCUAGGCCAUCAUAUAGAACAUAGCAAUAUUAGACCAAAUGCAGAUAAUAUCCGGGCAUUAUUAGAAACUGCACAACCAACAACAGCGAAAGAAGCUUUUCGAUUUGUUAAAGCCGCAGAGUAUUAUCGCAAAUUUAUACCAAGAUUUUCCACCAUCGCACAACCACUACAUAAAUUUGCACCAACGACUAAAGAACAACGAUCACAAAAGUCUCAAUCGACACCUAUUACUUUAUCCAAUGAAGAACUUGAUGCAUUUAAUGAACUAAAACGAAUAUUAACAAAUGAUUUGGUACUACGUAUUCCUAAUGAACAAUUACCCUUUAAAAUACAGACUGAUGCAUCAAAAAUUGGAAUUGGAGCUGUGCUUAUGCAGACUCAUCCAAAUGGCGAUUUACCAAUAGCUUAUUUAUCAAAAAAAUUUACAUCAACACAAAUGAAUUGGCCAGCAACAGAACAAGAAUGCUAUGCAAUUAUCUAUGCAAUCGAAAAAUGGCACAAAUAUUUAGAUGAACGUCCAUUCACAAUCGAAACUGAUCACAAACCAUUACUGCCAUUUAAUUUAAAACAACAAUUAAAUUCAAAAUGUGAACGAUGGCGUUUAAAACUGCAACAAUAUCAAUUUACCAUUCGAUAUAUUAAAGGAAAACAUAAUACGGUUGCUGAUUAUUUAUCACGUUCACCAGUAGAUAGUGGAACAAAUGAUGAAGAUGAUUAUACUCCAACAAAAUCCCGAGCUACACAAACCGACACUUUUAUGAAAACGCACAUUGUCGCACCUGUUAUGACUCGUGCACAAGCACAACAACAAGUCAAUGAAAGGAUUGAUUGUCAUUCGACAAAUCAAGCCUGUAAUGAACCACAGCAAAAAAGGAACGUCGACAAAUUGGUCGAUAAUUCCUGUGUGACACAGCAUAAACAAUUAUAUGCAAUGGACAUUAAUGAUGAUCAUAACAAAAUUUUACCAUUUACUCAUGAACAACUGAAAGAAUUACAACAUCAAGACGAACAAACACAACACAUCAUAACGAAUAUUAAAGAUUUCGACGACUAUUUCAUACAAGAUGAUAUGGUAAUGAGGAAAUCUUGUCCGCCAGUACCAUUUGUGCCCAAAGGAAGAAUUCGCGCCGACAUAAUGAAAAUUUACCACGACACACCAGCUAAUGGAGCACAUUUUGGUCGAGAUAAAACUAUUCACAAAAUUCAACGACGAUAUUUCUGGCCAAACAUGAUUUCGGACAUACGAAAUCAUAUCAAAUCAUGUAUUCCUUGCUGUCAAAAUAAUUAUAUGCGUCGAAAACCACCAGGUGCAUUAAAACCCAUUAGGCCACCAGAAGGAACCUGGCAAUUAUUAGCAAUGGAUUUUCAUGGACCCAUUGUACCAACAACAAAAAGCGGAAACAAAUAUAUUAUUUCCUUAACCGAUGUUCUGUCGAAAUUCGUCAUUACACAAGCGGUGCGUGAUUGCACUGCAUCAACUGCAGCACGUUUUAUCACAGAAGAAGUUAUUCUUAAAUAUGGAACUCCUAAAUGCAUACUCACAGACAAUGGCACACAUUUUACUGCUUCAAUGAUGUCUGAAUUAUUAAAAAAAAUUGGUAUCACGCAUUUAUAUUCUACACCUUAUCACCCGAUGACAAAUGGGCAAAUUGAACGAUAUAAUGCAACUAUGGAUUCAAAAAUAGCAGCGUUAUCGAAUGAAAACCGAACGAAUUGGGAUGAACAAUUACCGUUCGUUACUUUCAAUUACAACUCCAGCAUCCACACAACAACAGGACAAAUACCAUUCGAAAUGAUGUACGGUCGUUCACCGGUAUUACCCUUCGAUCAACAACAACCUAUUGUCACACUCUCAGAAGAUUCACAACACGUCAAUAAAUUAAAACAAUAUCUAUCAACAUUAACUGAUCAAGCAAAAAAUAAUAUCCUGCAACAACAACAUAAAUAUAAAGAACGAUAUGAUCGCUGUCGCGCAAAUCCAAUACACAAAAUUAAUGAUCUUGUGUUAAUAAAAACACUCCAUCGACGAAAUAAAUUUGAUAUUAGAUACGAAGGACCAUUCCGUAUAAUACAACAACUUGGUACAAAAACGUUCGUCGUUAAACACAUAAAAAAGCCCACACUGAUACGACAAGUUACGACAGAUGUCAUCAUCUCACUAUUUGAACGGAAAAAUGUGGAUUAA